AUGGAUAGACACCGGAAUGCGCUGAACCGAGGGGGAGAGGAAGUAAAUAACGUCACUCGUUUGUGUCUUUCUGCAAUGCCUCGGCACUUCUGCGGCUCGGCGUCGAAGAGCACUUCUGCGAGCCGGCACGGCUCCUCCGCCUCGACCGGAGGUACAAUCGAGCCGACAACCGCCAGAAGACAAAUUCACCAAUCGGCCCAACUGAAAGAGACAACUCGCAGUCGACGAGGUACCGUUGCCUCAGUUGAUCAAUUGCAAAAGUGA